AUGGACACAGAAGGGGCCAUUGCCAACCUAAUUAAUACAAGUGUUGAAACUGGCAUUUAUCCCGACGAACUAAAGAUAGGAUGUGUUAGACCAAUAUACAAGAAAGGAAGACGGGAUGAUUUCCUGAACUAUCGACCAAUCACCUUAUUAUCUUCAAUUAACAAAAUUGUAGAAAAGUAUGUGCGUGAACAAAUUGAUAAAUUCUACAAUACACACGAUGUAAUAUAUGAAAAUCAGUUUGGUUUUCAAGCUGGGAAGGGUUCAAAUGAUCUUUUGAUGAAGUUAACAGAUGAAAUUAACGAGUACCUAAAUAACAAAAACCAUGUACUCGUCCUAUUUAUUGACUUUUCACGGGCAUUCGACACUCUUGAUCAUAAAAAAUCAUCACUAAGUUGGACGAUUGUGGAAUACGGGGACCUCUUCUGA